UUUAUAACAUAUCAAUUCACAUUCUCACAGCCGGCCCUUUCCCUUUCCCUUUCACACCAGAAGAAGAUUAUUUCUAUCCCCGCAACCACGUACGUUUCAGUUCAACAAGAUCUCUCUGAACCUCGGUUGCUGUUAGUGUUAAAAGCGAAGUGGCCUUUCCUUUAUUCAAGAAUGAGAAGAGAUGUUGAUGCUAAUGCAACGGCCACCUCCAAUGACAGCCUCCCACUGCUCAGGUUCCUUGACUGUUCUCUUAGGGUCUGCGUGAUUCCUCUUAGUGCUGCAACCAUUUGGCUAACCGUAACAAACCAGCAGGAUAACAGCAGCUAUGGGAAACUAGAGUUCUCCAAUCUUCUUGGCCUCAAGUACAUGGUUUGCAUCAGUGCUAUUUGUGCUGGUUACGCUUUUAUUGCUGCUAUUUCCUCCUGGAUCAGGUGCUUAGUAACGAAAGCUUGGCUCUUCUUUGUCUCUGAUCAGGUUGUAGCUUACUUGAUGGUCACAUCUGGGGCUGCAGUGUUGGAGAUACUCUACUUAGCUUACAAUGGUAGCAGGGGAGUCUCAUGGAGUGAAGCCUGCAGUUACUAUGGAAUGUUUUGCAGUAGAAUGAAGCUAGCCUUAGUUCUCCAUGGCUUGGCUCUUUGCUGCUUCAUUGCUCUAGCUGUAAUCUCAGCUUUUAGGACUUUUAGCAUGUUUGAGCCUCCUGCCCUUUCUUCUAAAGAGGUGGAAGAAGAAAGAGCUUAAUACUCAUGUAGUUGGGCUCAAAUGGAUAGUAUAUUUGUGCUUUUCAAUAAAAAUAAUAAGGGAUAUUUAGAAAGCCAAA